AUGGACUUGGAAAGCCCAGACAAGUGCCUAGAAAGCACGGAGCAAAGGAAAGCACCGGUGAGCCCUUACUCUAGAGAGGCCACAUUCAUUGCCGCAAGCCUGAGUGUACUGACGUCCGAUGGCUGCCCCUUCUCGCCGAGCCCUGUGGGAGCACCGUGCCUGCUGGCGACAACACCAGAGUUUGAGCAGUAUGAAGUGGAAGGAGCAGCAAAGCAAGGGGUCAGCUCCCAGUUGGCCAGGAAAAACCAGUGCGUCUCUGGCGUCACUGUGCAACUGGAGAUGAGGAGUCUCUGGGAGGAGUUCAAUAGCCUUGGCACUGAAAUGAUUGUCACCAAGGCAGGGCGGAGGAUGUUCCCCACCUUCCAGGUGAAGAUAUCUGGCAUGGAUCCCUUGGCUGAUUAUGUGCUGCUCAUGGACUUCGUGCCUUUGGAUGACAAGAGAUACCGAUAUGCGUUCCAUAGCUCCGCUUGGCUGGUGGCUGGCAAGGCAGAUCCUGCUACACCUGGCCGGGUUCACUUCCACCCUGACUCCCCUGCCAAGGGAGGCCAGUGGAUGAGGCAAAUUGUCUCCUUUGACAAGCUCAAGCUCACCAACAACUUGAUGGAUGACAAUGGCCAUAUCAUCCUGAACUCCAUGCACAGGUACCAGCCGCGCUUCCAUGUGGUGGUGGUAGAUCCACGGCCAGAUAGCGAGCGCUACGCCCAGGAGAAUUUCAAGUCCUUCAUCUUCACGGAGACUCAGUUCAUGGCAGUGACAGCCUAUCAGAACCACCGGAUCACACAGCUGAAAAUUGCUAGCAACCCCUUUGCAAAAGGGUUCCGAGAGUGUGAGCCAGAUGAAUGGCCUGGCUCACCAGGACAACUAUUAGGCUGCUUAUCUCGGAAUGGGGGUGCGGCUCCCUUAGCCCAGCUUCAAGAAACCACAGAAAAGGGGUUUGCCAGCAAUCAUCACCUCCCUCCUUCCCUCUUCAGAGAAGCCUCCCAGCUGCAGCACCCACCCCUGGUCACACCUGCCACCCUCCCAGAUAUGUGCCUUGCUCGACGACCCUUGAGUGAAGCACCCGGGGCCCUGCCCUACAAGCACCUCUCCUAUCACAGCAUCUACGUGGGAGCCCGCUCCCGGGCAACACCCUACGCCCUCCCCAGCAGCCGGGCCACCAGCUUCCACGCUCUCAACAUCUACACUGCCGGUGACUAUGAACAGUGAAGGAAGAGAGAUCCAGUGGACAGAUCAGGCAGUUCCCUCCUCUCUCUCCCCACACCUACCCCAAGACUGAACCUAUCUUCCAGGGACUAGCCUCAGGUCCACCUUCUCCUCAAGCAGCAUCCAUCACUGCAUUGCCUGCUAAGGAGGUCUAAUCCGUUCCUCUGUUUACCUUCCAGGGCACUUUGUGGACAGUACCUUCAAGCCCUGGUACCCUUCCCUCUUCCCCACCCGAGGCAAACGUAAUUUCUAACUUAUUGUCUCCUAGUAUAUGGACAAUUAAACAGUUAGCAGAGGCUGGGUACAGUAUCAUUCUCCUUUGAGAGGUGUGCAGAGCCCAAGCUGAAGCUUGGUGAGGUGUAAGAAACAUACUUGGCUGAGAUACUGGCCGUUUCCUAACCGCUUCCACUCCUCAGCUUGUUGUAAAGCAAUUCGUCGCCCAAUUCCAAAACCCCACAGCACUGGGGAAAUGGCUGAAAACCCAAUUCUACAAACCAGAAAUCCUAAACCAGCUUUGCAUC